AUGGACUCUGCAGAAUUUGCCCCGUUCCAGGACAAGUUAACCUCCGCUCUAGUGCAGGUGACUCGAACUGUCGGACAGCUCUCAUCGGAAGACCUGAACUUCCAUCGCACCUCCAGCGCAGAGUUUUCCGAGUCGCUAGAUGAACAGAGCGCGCGUAUCAUUGCGUUGACCUCCGCCGUUAUCAAAGCUGCCACCGCAGGCACCGAUGUGACGGGACCAACCCUUCACGAUGAGGAUUCCGUCGAGGACAAUUGGCGUGGCGUGGUGGAUGUGAUUGACUCGCUUCUGGAAAAGGCUGAUGCCUGCUUGGAUGAAUUCACUGGCGUGAUCAAGAAGCUCAGCCCUUCGCAGGAAGAACAGGCUCCGAUCAAGAAAGCGCCCAACUUCCCGACCAUCUACGACUAUGGCCCCUCCAAGAUCCCCAAGCCGCAAUUGCUGUUCCAUCGCAAACCGGAUAACACUGAUACUGGCCCCUUCAAGCCUCUUCUCAGGUCUAAGCCUCAUGCGAUUGUGCCGUUGGAGAAAUGCUUGAAGACGAAAAGGAUGGAAGGUGGGAUUGGUUAUCCUCACCCCUACGAGGCCGAGAUACUUGCUUCGGAGUACCCAAAACCGGUCUAUCAGGUCUCCCCUCCGGUUGAGUAUCUGCCGUUCGAGAGCACUACGGCUACUUUCGUCGAUACUUUGGAUGGAGUCAAGGAAAUGCUGAAGGAACUCAAGCAAGCGAAGGAAAUCGCUAUCGAUUUGGAGCACCAUGACGUGCACUCCUACCACGGUCUGGUCUCUUUGAUGCAAAUCAGCACCCGGGACAAGGAUUGGGUUGUGGAUACCUUGCAACCUUGGAGAGAAGAUCUGCAGAUGUUGAACGAAGUUUUUGCGGAUCCAAAGAUUUUGAAGGUCCUGCACGGUUCCACCAUGGAUAUCAUCUGGCUGCAACGUGACUUGGGCCUGUAUGUGGUUGGGAUGUUCGAUACUUUCCACGCUGCAUCUGCACUGGGCUUCCCGAAGCGAAGCUUGAAGUUCCUCUUGAGCAAGUUCGUCAACUUCGAAGCUGAUAAGCGGUAUCAGACGGCGGAUUGGCGAGCUCGCCCACUUCCACCGGCCAUGUUCGACUAUGCACGAUCAGAUACGCAUUAUCUUCUUUACAUCUACGACCGCCUACGAAACGACCUGAUCGACAGCUCCACUGAAGAGGCGAGCCAUAUUGAUUAUGUUAACGAGCGGUCUAAACAUGAGGCCCUGCAACGCUAUGAACGUCCUGUUUACGAUGCCGUCAAUGGACAUGGCCCUGGAGGCUGGUACGAUCUAUUGUGGCGCCAUUCGGGAAACCUUCCGAAGGAGCAAUUUGCCGUAUUCAAGGCUGUUCACCAAUGGCGCGAUGAAGUAGCGCGCGCUGAGGACGAGGGUUGGCAGUGUGUUUUCCCCAAGCACAUGCUCUUCAAGCUUGCCACCGUUAUGCCGCUUGACAUGGGAUCUCUGUUCCGAACCCUAUCGCCCAUGACUCCCAUUACGAAGGAACGAUCACACGAUCUUUUGGAUGUUAUCAAGCAAGCCAAGGUCGCCGGUAUUGAUGGUCCAGAAUGGCGCGAUGUGGCACCCCCGAAACACCUUGCAAAGGUUCUGGAGGCUGCCGUCACGGAAGCUGUCAAUUUCCCCAUUGCUGAACGCUACGAAACGUCUCAAUUUUGGGGCAACGUCUUGGAAGCCAGAGAAUCACCCACUCCUCCAGCAUAUGCUCUUGCCGCCGGCGCUGAAGCUCUGCGCCUUUCUCUCCCUCUGCCACCCAUGCCGACGACCGUCUCCGAAAUCCGUGACCACCUUGGCACCGCAAAACAACCCGCUCCUAGCCCCAAGCCCGCACCUACUCCAGCCGCCCAGGAGCCAGAAGAGAAGAAAUACUUCACUGUCAAAGACCUCGGCGGUCCCCGCAAACGAAAGGUCACCCCAGUCAGCAAUACAGAGCAAGCCCUCUCGAUCCCAGCCGACCUCGACGACACAAGCAACGAUCCCGACGCCACGCAAAAGAAAAGCAAAAAGUCUCGCAAGGAGAAGAAAGCCAAUAAAUCGAAAUCCGAAUUCAACGAGACCGACGCUCCCUUCGACUAUGGCACCGCCGAUGCCGUCCUCAAUGCACCAUCUGCUGCCACAGUCGCGCAUCCUCGCAAAAAGGCUUUCAACCCGUACACCAAAGCGAUGGAAGCCCCCUCAGGCGCGCGGAAGAUCAAGCGGGAAACCCCCGGCAAGUCUCUUACGUUCCGCCAAUAG